AUGAAGUACUCAAUUGCGAUAUUCCUAGCGGCGCUGGCCAACGCUUGCCCAAUACCGAGAGAUUGGACCCUGCAACAGUGGGAUGCCAUUGUUGUCGGCGCAGGUCCCGCAGGCAUCAUCGUUGCCGACAGACUCAGCGAGGCGGGCCUAACGACAUUGCUUCUUGAGCAAGGCGGCGCAUCCUACGGCAUCACGGGCGGCACUGAGCGUCCGUCCUGGCUCAAUGGCACAGACCUGAGUCGCGUUGACGUGCCCGGAUUGUACUCUACCAUUUUCGGCAGCGCAGACUCAAGCUUGAUUUGCAAGCCCGAUGCCGUCCGGGCAUACCAGGCCUGCACCGUGGGCGGAAACAGCGCCAUCAAUGCCGGCCUGUACUUUCAGCCGCCGGCGUCGGACUGGGACGACUACCACCCGGACGGCUGGCACAGCGCCGACGUGCAAGGCGCGACCGAGCGGCUCCUGCAGCGGCAGCCGGCCGUCACAGACUAUUCCUCGGACAAGAGGUCCUAUGUGGAAGACAUCCAGGACGCGGCCAGGGGCUGGCUGGUGGACGGUGCCGGAUACGCCGACGUUUCGUUCGCGGACGAGCCGGACAGGAAGGACAAGGUGUAUGGCCGGCCCGUCUUCAACUACAUUGAUGGCCAGAGGGGAGGGCCGGUGCGGACGUAUCUCCAGAGCGCGCUUUCGCGCCCGAAUUUCCAUCUUGCUACUGCGGUCAGGGUCAAGCAGGUCAACCAUCAAGGCGGAAAAGCGUCUGGCGUUGACGUGGAACUAGACGGCACGACAAAGUCUGUUGGCCUGAAGCCGGGCGGCCGCGUUAUCCUUAGCGCUGGCGCACUCCAGUCGCCUCAGAUCCUCAUGCAUUCGGGAAUUGGCCCCCAAGAGACUCUGCAGAAACUAUCCGACAGCUCCUUUGGCGCCUACACGGCAUCCUCGUCCUGGGUUGUACAGCCUUGGGUAGGGGAGGGUCUCUUUGACAACCCCAACACCUUUAUCCAGCUAUCUUCCCCGGUCAUGCAGUCAUACAACUACAAGUACGAGGACCCCGACACAGAGGACAAGGACCUCUACCUGAACGCGAGAAGCGGACACUACACCUUUGCAUCGCAGGCGGCCACGUUCUGGACGUACGUGCCGCACGAGGACGGCACCCGCUCCGGCGUGCAGGGCACCAUAAGCUCCACGGGCUACGCCGCGUACAUGGACAACCACACCGUCACGCUCAAUGUGUACGGUACCUCGGGCCUGCUCUCCGCCGGCCGCGUCGAGCUCUCCGAUGACGGCCGGUUCGUGGCCGGCGCGAGCGCCGACACGUACUACUCGCACCCGCGCGACGCCCACGCCAUUGCCACGUUUGUGCAUGAUAUUUUUCAGUCCCUGCCGGCGUCGACGCCUGACGCGCCGGCCGCCACGGGCCUGACGCCGCGCAACAUUGCGCGCGACGCCACCGUUGAGGACAUUGAGCAGUACCUGACGACGCCCUCGGCGUAUGCGCGCGGACAGGUUAACCACUGGUCCAGCUCCUGCCGCAUCGGAAAGUGCGUGGAUGCCGACACAAAGGUCGUGGGGACGGAGAAUAUUCAUGUCGUGGACGCCUCGGUCCUGUCGCCGAUGACGGUCAAUCCGCAGUUUGCGGUCAUGGUCGCGGGUGAGAAGGGCGCGGAGAGAAUCCUGGCCUUGGCGAAAAAGGAAUCGACGAGAUGA